AUGGCUCCGCCCACGAUCUACUCAAAACCGCUGUUGCCCAAUGAGAUACGACUCAUGGUCCUACUCCCAGGAAAAUGGAAAGACCCCGUCUCUUGCGAGCUUUGCAUAGACUUACUGGUCAAGAAGAGUCGGAGAAGGCAAUACAAGGCCCUGUCGUAUGCAUGGGGUCUCGAAAGCCGCUCAAAUCCGCCGAAAAUCCAGGUUGGGAACAUGUUGCUUCCCAUAACGGUCAACCUGGAUUGUGCUCUCAGGCACAUCCGACGACAGGACGAGCCUGUAGUUCUUUGGGUUGACGCAGUGUGCAUCAACCAAGCUGAUGCGAAAGAGCGGACUACGCAAGUCUUGCGCAUGGCAGAUAUUUAUAGCGAGGCCACCGAGGUCAUCGUCUUCCUCGGUGGCGGCCCGGGCCGUCAGAUGAAGGGUUCCAAGAAGCAAAAGGACCCUGGGCCCUGUACCGUUUUCACAAAUACACCUCUGGACGACAACUUGACGAACCAGGCUCUUUCGAAUUGGACCACGCCAGGCCGCCGGCAACAGGUCACUGCCUUUGACCUUUUCUGCCUCCUAAGAAUCUUGUCACAAUCUCGCGGAGCACCCGACCCGUUCGAGGCCUUGAGACAAGUUCCGGAUGUCUAUCUCACCGCCAUGUUUGAGAGUUUGCGACAGAUGCUCACAACCCGCUGGUGGGACCGUAUCUGGGUUGUGCAAGAGGCGGUGAUUGCACAAAAGAUUACAUUGAGAUAUGGGGAUGUUUCAGCUCCAUGGGAGAUGGCCGCCGAGGCUGCUUUGACACACUUCCAGAGAGCUAGAAUCGACGAUGACAGCCCAGUUUCGAGGGAUGAUAUCAAAGUCUUGAAUCUCCUCUCUCGAGUACAAGACAUUGACAACUUCCGCCGAGCGUGGGGAGAAAGUGACAGGCCCAACAUCCUGUCACUUCUGAGGGAUUUCAGCAACCGCAAGGCUUCUGAUGAGCGAGACAAGGUGUAUGCAUUGCUCGGCCUGUGUGACCAACAUACAGGCAUCCGGCCAGAUUACUUGUCUGAGGUCCGAGAAACGUACAUGCUGGCAACUAUCGACAUCAUCCUACACAGUCACUCCCUAUCAGUGCUUACGGGAGACCUCGGCCGGAAAGAGAGGCGAGACCUGCCGUCAUGGGUCCCAGAUUGGAGUGCCACAUUUGACGAGCAUGACCGAAAACGGGUUCGACUUUUUAACCACUACAAAGCUUGC